UUUAGGAUUCAAGCCAAUUGCCCUACUUCAAAGGGUUACCAACAGAUUGGGAUUACUAAUAGAAAGAUGUUCUCUAGAUCUCCAUGAAAAUCAAAACCAUGCAUCCAAAAUAGAAGCUCUACUAACAAUCUAUUUGAAUUUACGCAUCUUCUCCCGUAUUUUCAUGGCCGAAAUGAUGGAAGAUCACACCUAAUUGGAUCGCCUUACCAGACAACCGCCAUUUUCGUUUUCGUUAUGCCUGAAUCUACCAGCAAUCCACCCUCUUAUGGCCCGUAGCGAUGGGCAAAUUCCCUCAUCGUCACGAACUGCGAAAACUUUCCUCGCUGAAUCUGAGAAGCGAUUCCGUCAACACCGAUGAUUCGAUCAACGUCGAGGAGCUCCACCGGUACACCAGCCUGAAGGACAUUAUCGAGACCUCGCCACCCCGCCGCGCCGGCAGCCACGAUCCCUCCGGCUUCGACUCCGCCAACAUCUCCAUCCGCAACGAGCUCGUCAAGCAUGCCGCCUCGGUCUACGUCCAGUCGGCGGCGAUUCUCAUCCAGCGCGACCAGAAUGUGCUGGCUCGGUUCUGGGAGAAUCUGAAGCACAAGCUCCCGCCUCGCUCGUGCUGGCGAGCCUACGUCGGCGAGCCGCUGCGAGCUUGCUUCGAGCCGGUGUUACGGCUACUGAAUUGCGCGGCGAACAAGAUCGCGAGAGCGAGGCGCGAGAGGUUUUACAAUCGCAUGAAAUUAGUUUAAUUAGGUAAUCAAUCAAUCAAUCAAUCAUUUUUUGCUUGAAGAUUUGUGAUCGAAAUUAAUCUGAUUGCACAUACUUAGAUCAUCGUUAUCAAUUCGCGCGUAGAUAUAUCUUAAUUUCUAUAUUUGAUUUUGAGAAUGUGGGAUUGAUGUAGAAUUUAGAAUUAGAGGAUCACUGAUCCAUUGUGAAUAUGUAGCGACAGUUUUCGACUUCAAAUUUCAUCAUCUUCCAUUCAUAUAUUUGAAUCAAGUUUUUAUGUAAAUUUGUUUGUUUGUUUAU